CUAAAAUAUCAUAAUUUUUCUCAUAGGGUCAGAUUCCAUAUGUUUAAUUGACAUGUAAUUUCAAAACAUUAAAAAAUAAAGGAACAAGGAUGACUCACACAAGUUGCACCUUACCAAGUUGUCAUGGAUCUAUCAUCUAUUGCUUGGUAACUUACUCUUUACCCUAGUUGUUACACAUAUAAUAUGUUCCUUUUUUUUUCCUUGUUAUUGCAAUAAAUCUGAUUGUAUAAUUUUGCAGGUCCCAAAGAGUUUUCUGUUAGAGAUCUUCGGUGAAGACCGUGUCACCAAGUUUGUUAUACAAGAAAUAGUUAGCUCAACCAUGGCUGAUUAUGUAAAGAAGGCAAAUUUGAAUGUGAAGGACAAGAAGAUUAACACAACCCAAACUAUAGAAGAACUCAAAAACUCUUUCACUCCUGGAAAUGAAUUUGGAUUUAAUGUCAUAAUCGAGCUUCAAGACUUGAAAACUGAUGGAUCAAGCCCAAGCUCCUCUAAUCUUUAAAUUAUUCAUAUUAUUUGCUACUCUCAAUUAUACCAUCUGUAGUAAAAUGCCGCUAAAAUAAUGGUGGCAACUGGAUUAAUUAUUUGAGUGGAAAGGAAUUGGGUGGGAGCAUCCCAUCAUGAAUGGGUUCUAAUUAUCUUCAGAACCUGAGAGUCUUGAACAUUCGUUCAAACAAAUUUUGGGGAAAUAUCCCAAACCAGUUGUGGUCACUCAGUUCACUCCAAAUUCUAGACUUUGCCCAUAAUAAUUUCUCUGGAAGCUUACCAAGUUGUAUUGGUAACAUGAGUGCCUUGCUCUCAAUGGAUGCCCAUCCUCAAGAAUUUGACUCUGGAAUUGGCUUCGAUAGUAGAUACAGCGUUCAAUAUGCCAUAUCCAAUGGCACUGAAGACCUCAAUUAUGUCAAAAAUUUUGAUUAUCUCAGUCUCGAGCGCGAACAUGUUGUGAUUAAAGGUCAGCUGCUUGAAUAUAGCAAGACACUUCACUUGGUGAGAAUCAUGGAUUUUUCGAACAACAACUUGUCAGGGGAGAUCCCUCAGAAGUAACUAAUCUCAGAGGGUUGCGAUCACUGAAUUUAUCACACAAUCUUCUGACCGGAAGGAUCCCAGAAAACAUCGGUAACAUAAGAAUGUUAGAAUCAGCCGAUUUCUUUGCGGCCUUCCACUAGCAGAUAACUGCAGUGUCAAUGGAAAUUCUAUACCUACCAUCCAAAACAGAGGUAGAGUUACAAUAAAUGGGUUCUUUGUGACCAUGCCAUUUGGAUUUAUUGUGGGAUUUUGGAGCAUACUGAGUCCUUUGCUGAUUAGCAGGCGAUGGCGAUACAUGUAUUAUCAAUCUCUUGAAGAAGUGUGGUGGAAAAUCAGUGAUUCUGUAAUCAAAUGUUUUUAAAGUU